CUGCACUGAACACAGCCCUGCUGCUGCAGUCCUGCGCUCCACUACUUCAGGAAUGCAGUGGUUAAAAGCUGCACGGAAGAGCUGCAAUGUCGGCAGAUUUGACUGAUUUGUUAGAUGAAAUAUAGAAUACGCCCCCUAAACACACUGGGGGCUAAAAAUGGAUAACUCCUUUGUGGAAGAAGUGGCUGCAUCACUGGUGAGAGAAUUUCUCAGUAGAAAGGGUUUGAAAAAAACUAUCGCUACCAUGGACCAAGAAUUUCCACGUUCAGCACUUAGCAUCAGUAACAGGAAUGAACUUCGAAAUGUCCUACAUCUGCAUUCCUUGUACAAACAGAACAAGGCAAAGGAGAAUCCACUGAAAACACUUCUCGAAAUUAUUACUAAUUACUUCCUUGAACAUGUCCGGAGUUCUAAAACCGUAACAUCGAGUUCUUUGACAAAUUCUCAAAGUAAGAACUCAUCAGUUCAGCUACCCAACUACUCAGAUGAAGAACAUGUGCAUCGGAACACCAUUAUGUCUGAUUUAAGCAAAACUGAAGACUACAGAUACAAUGCUGACGGUCCACUAGAUGAAAUCCUUUCGUCCAGAAAACAUCGGCACAAAAGUGAAAAAUGCCACACAGGGGCAAUACACAGCAGCCACUCACUUUCUGAUGGGGAUAAAAAAUUUAAAGAUAGUCAGGAAGAUUUAAAAGCAACAACAAGUUCUGAGGAGCUGAAAGCCACAGUGAAGGAAAAGCAAAGGUCCAGGUCUGGUCUCACUGUCAGAGGAAUGAUGGCUGGGCCAAUAGCAAGUUCACCAGAGGAUUUGCAAAAAAGGAGGCCUUCAAAACGAUCCGUUAGCAUAAGCAGCCCAGGACAAUUCAAGGGUGAAGAACAUGAAAAAAAUGACCGCAGUGUCCCAAGUCCUGAUUUUCAAGAAAGUAAAGGAUCUUCAACACAAUCCACAAGUUAUUUCUCUUCACACAGUGAUAAUGCCUUGAAAGGAAAUACAGAAUUUUCAGCAAAGACUCUGUCAAGCUCACACACGAUUUCUGCCUCUGAAAAACUAAGAAGCUUCCCCAAAGAUACAGAUGACUUUUUUGCCAAAUUGCUCUCUGAAAGAGAGAGGACUAAGACAGGAGAAAGAAAAUCUAUUCCAAGCUUUGAUACGGACAGUAAUGAAAAAAGCCUUAAAAUGAAUGCUCUUCACAGACAUUCAGGAACCGCAAGAGAGAAAAGAGAAAGAUCCCUCAAGAAAAACGAGAGCUGGUUAUCAGGCCACAGGAAGUCUCCAGCAUCUAUCUGCAAUAAAGAGGAGGUGAUGAAAGAUGUACUAGAACUAGUUGAUGUUGAGGAUGAAGCAACAGCUGCAGAAGUUAAUAAGAUCCUGGACCUUUCAACAUUGUAUAUGUUUCAAGUAGCAUCAAAGGCAAUUGAUAUUUCGCUUGCAAAAGAAAUAAAAAUUCUUUUGUUUGGCUCUAGCCUUUGUUGCUUCAGUGAAGAAUGGAAAAUACAGAGUUUUACAUUUAAUAACAUACCUCAGUUAAAAUAUGGCAUCGUGCAGAAAAAGGGUGGCCCAUGUGGAGUACUGACAGCAGUUCAAGCUUGUGUCCUACAACAGCUUAUCUUUGGAGACAGUAACAGGAAUAAAGACACUUGUAGUCUCCAGCCUUCAGAAGUUCACAGGACCAAGUGCCUCACCAUGGCUAUUGCAGACAUAUUAUGGCGUGCAGGAGGCAAUGAAAAAGCAGUUGUGGCACUGCCAUCAGGAAAACAGCAGUUCACUCCCAUAGGAAAAUACAAAGCAGAUGGAAUCUUAGAAACUCUGAUACUAUAUAGUGCCACAAGAUAUGAAGAUCUAAUUGCAUUUCUUCAGAAAAAUAUUCACCAGUUUGAAAUUGGUCCCUGCGGUUGCAUCCUUCUGACUGUGUCUGUCAUCUUAUCAAGAUCUAUCAAUCUGGUGCGCAGUGAUUUUGAUGUGCUUACAAGCCGACUGAUUGGCAGCCAUGGGUAUUGUACUCAGGAAUUGGUGAACUUGCUUCUGACUGGCAAAGCUGUAUCCAAUGUUUUUAAUAAUGUGAUAGAGCUGGACUCUGGAAAUGGUAAUAUCACAGUUUUGAAGGGCAUCACAAGUCGCAGUGAUAUUGGUUUGCUGUCUCUAUUCGAGCACUAUGAUGUUUGCCAGGUUGGUUGUUACUUGAAGACCCCUAAAUACCCUAUUUGGUUGGUAUGCAGUGAAAGCCACUUCAGUGUGCUUUUUUGUUUGGAAAAGAAUUUAUUGGAUGACUGCAAAACAGAACAGAGAUUUGAUCUGUAUUAUUACGAUGGCUUGGCCAACCAAGAAGAAGAGAUACGGUUAACAGUUGACACAACGCAGAUGUGCACUGAAGCUAAAGACAAUGAUCUUACUCCGCCGCUUGAGCACUGUAUUAGGACAAAGUGGCACGGAGCUGUUAUUGACUGGAACGGCACAGAACCAAUCUUGUGACUGGCGUGACCCGCACUUUAUUUGUAAAGAAAUAAAGGAAACGACUGAAUUCUCACAUUCCUAUUCCCACCAAUACAGGAAAUAGGACAAGAGUUAUGCAGUUUAUCGUGAGGCAGAAUGACAUGGUUGUGUGCAGGCUGAAAGAGUUUCACCUCAUGCGUCAGGUAUUUUGCUUGUAACAUAAACAGCAUUUACAUAAACUCUUGGUCACUGCCUUUAUCAUACAGUUUCUGAGAGCAGAUUGAGCUUCCACUGCCAAAUAAAGCUUUCAGAUGAAGCAGUAAAGUUGUCAGCAUCCCCUUGAGGUCUGUUUCUGGAUCCACUCUUUAUCCUGCAAUUAUUUCCAAAAAAUCUGAUGAAAGGAGCUGUACUGAGAUUUCUGUCACUUUCCUUGCCUUCUCAAUCCUGCCUAGUUCUUCACCUGGAAAACUCCAGAAUAAAUACAAAAUGUCAUUCAAGAAAUAUAUAUUCACUUCUUUCCCUGAUAUUAGCAGCUGUCAUUUUGCACUGAAGUUAUUGGUAGCCAUAUGGACUUUUCAGCUAUAGCCUGACAAAGUUCUUGCAGUCUCAUAAAAAUUGCAGUAAGGCUAGUGGUUUUGUGUUAUCAGAAUAAUAGUAAAAUAAUAAUAGUAAAACUGUGUUCCUUAUACUUGGUGCAACUGUUAAGUAUGUUACAGUGCCUCACACUGAUGUGUCUUAUUUUCCUUUCGGGAUGAGAGAAAGCUAUACCAGUGUCUUUAAUUUUACAUUGAUGUAACACUAGGGCUUAUUUGUACCAAAAUGCUGGAUAAGAUCUGUGGUGGUUUGCUUCUCCACAGUUACAGGAAAACACAAAAGUUUUAGGAUUAACAUUUAAGGCAUGCAUAUCUGUGAUAGAUACCAUUCUUCAUGAUUAAAUAAAAUGCAUGUAUGAAAACAGUGUAAUGAGAAGAUAUCUGGAGAUACCAAAACAACAUGUUGUAUUCUGAAAUAAAUUCUUUAAGUGACAUACUGUGGCAACACUUUACCAAAAUGGAAACGGUUUACUUAACUGAAGAUUGGAAAAUACACUUCAAAAAAAAUUAUUUCCUAGUGGAAAGGUUGCAGAUAAAUAGUGUGCCUAUAACUUACUGCUUUAUCUGGAGAGUGACUGUAUCAUGAAAGUUUAGUAAAGGACUUUUGCUUUUUAUCAUCCAUUCCUGACUCUACUACAGGAAUGUUAUAUGGCCUUUGGUAAACCCCUUUAUCUCUGGGUUUCAGGGCAUGUUUGUAUCGUGGGCUCAAGACUGCCUUUGUAGAUCAAAUUCACUCAUCAUGUAAACUGCAGACACCACAAUUCUCCACUAAGAGAUUGCAUCAAGGUUCAGGGUAAUUCAAGGUAACUGAUGUUAAGAGUUCCUGCAAGUGGGAGAUCACAAACAUUGAAAGAUCCCAGAUGCAAAGCUCUCUCUUAUGUGUCCUAAAAAAUCACAGCUAAGGAUGGCUGAGCAUGGUGUCAGUCAAUCCAUCAGCCUAUGGUAAAAGUUUGGCCUGCUUAAAUUUUGUAUGAACUGUAGCCCACGCUUUGUUUUAUGUUGCAGAGUCUGAUUUUUCCCACCUACCUCACAGGGCAGCUGUAAGAAAAAAAAUCAGAAUAUUCAGAAUGUGUUUGACCCUGGACAGAAAAUAGUAGUGACAGAAAAAUGAUGGAAAACUUUUGGGGAUCAUGUAAAACAUAAAAAAUUCCUGGGUUUUCUAAUCUAGUACACCCACACCAAUUAUUUUAAAGCACUGCUUUAAAGUAUGCCAGUUUGGAGAUAAACUUCCAUGGCCUGGUGGAAGUGCAGCAAAGAUAAGCAUUUCUGUGGGAAAGUCAGGGAGCUGCCUUGUGACUGGCCUGAGUUUCAUCUCAGUAAAAUGUGAAUGUCUAUGGUGCAGCUGUGUUCACAUGAGCUGUUCCUCUGGGCUUUCUCUAUAGCUGGCACGGAGAAACAGGCCACGUUAAGGUGUGAGUCAUCAAGCCUUGUUUCAACAUCUGCUUUAGGGUGAGAAGAGUUGUGCACCCGACUGUAGGGCUGUAUGCUGAGCAGGCGUCUGCUAACGGGAGCCCAAGGUGACUGCCUCAGAUGAAUUUCGUUCAUGAAGACAUGAGGGUUUUUCAAGGUAUAAGAAAGAGGUGGAAAUUAGUGAAUAAAGUUAGGAAAGAGAUUGUAUUUUAUGGCUAACCUUAGGGGACAAAUAGAUGAGGGUAGGCCCUGAGCUCUAAGCCUCUUUCUGAAAUAGGCUGCAGAGAGUUUGAGGCUCCUUCAUCACAGGUUAUGGGGAGUAUUUUGCUGAAAUUUAUGUCCGUUAUCACAGAAUUCUGCAGAGCCAGAUCUUUCCUAUCCAUUAUCUGUAAUUAUGUGCAUAUAUAUUUGUUCUGAAAAAUCCACUGUCUAUCUGUUAUCUGUUUAAGCUGAACACCUUCCAGAUUCAGCUCUAGUUUCACUCACAAAGGCAGAAAUAAAUGUCCGUAGACUAUAUCACCACACCUGCACCACAUGUGCGGGGCGAUUCUUGUGACCCAACUGGAGCGUAGAGAAGCUCAGCAUUACUAAGCCCUUUCCAGUAUUUUUCUUCUCCAGAGUUCAGUAGUAGUAUCCUUUCUAGGUAAGAGAAAGGGCACUUAAGAUUUACUAGGGAACCCUUCCAUAAAGAGGAACUGGGCAACUGAAACAUUCAUUUAAAUCUAGUUCUUCCAAAAAAAAAAAAAAAAAAAAAUGACAUCAGAGCAUUCCCUCUGUCACUAUCUGCAUGAAGCAAAAUAUUUGCAUCUUUUUAUUUUAUGUAAAACACAAGUGGUUGUUCACCCUCACCGGCCUUUUUUUUUGACUCAAACAGUCACAGAAGACCACAGUAUGUUAUAUGGGAGGGAUCUGUGCAGAAUCAUAUCCUGUUCCAGCAGCUUGCAUCUAGUUUUUUUUAAUUAUGUUUUCCUUUUCAUUGUUUCCCAUUUUCUUUUUCACAACCAGAUGAACGUGACUUCCUGAAGUUAACAAAGCAGCAACUGUUUGGUAAUUGUGCAUGAAAAGACACUGGGUAACAUUUGGUACUUGGGCUCUAUAUAUGGCUUGAUUUCAUUCUCUUUCCUUCUGUGGUAUAAUAAAUAAACCCUCUGCUGAAAAUUGACCCCUUAACUGACAACAAACAUGGCAUAUUGUAUAUGCAGAUGAAGAGUUAAGCAAACAUGCUAUUAUGGUAAGGUGUUUUAUAUGUCACCUUUGUGGAAAUGUAUAUUUAACUUUGUCUUGUACAGAAUGUCCUGUAUAAAUAAAACAUUCAAAGGAAUGGUAAU